AUGUUUGUGUGGGUUGGCAAAGGCUGCUCGGCGGAAGAACGUCGAAAGUCGAUGGAAUUGGCCAAGAAAUAUCUUCAGCAAGAGGGACUACCGGAAUGGACUCAGGUGGUUCGCGUUUUCGAAGGUGCUGAACCGUCAUCGUUCACUCAG